AUGGACGCGAAGUGCGUUCGAGCGCUGUCGAUGGCGCAGAGGGAGUUCUUUCAGCGACGGGCGUGCGAGUACGACACGUCGAACGCGAAGGCUGAUUUCAUCGCGGCGGAGUUGGCGCUGACGGUGAGGAAGCGACACGCGCCGGGACCGUGUGUGGUGAUGACGUUGGGGUUACCGCGAGUGACGCGCUCGGCGGGGGAUGUCGGGAGCGUGGAACCGUCCGUGGGCGUCGACGGGGGAUUGGCGGCGAAGAUGGGGUCGUGGGUGACUUCGAUGGUGGACGCGGGCGCGUUUGAGUGCGAGACGCGGACGUUCGUGGACGAGAAGGCGGUUGACGCGCUCAGGAGCACUUUGUACAAGAAUGGAUUCGAUAACGUCGCGGUGGAAAAGUUGUGGAACGAGCGCAAGGUUGGGAAACAGCUCGACGAAGAGUUUGAGGAAGCGAGGAAGAGAUCGCCGGAUGCGAAGCACGUCGUCCUCAUCAACGACGCACAACGCUCGAGGUCGCAAUUCGCGAGGUUUCGAAAAGGACUUUCCAGUGGUAAGGUGAGCACGAUAAUUUGGCGUCGAGAGAUCACCAGCAAGACGCAGCGGAAGGCGUUGGUGAAGGAGAUGCAGCUCGUGUCGCGUUUCGGAUACUCGGUCUACAUCGCGGGCGCGGGCGUGGAUGCCGAGGGCAAUGCCACGCCGACGGCGUAUCUAAGAGUCGAUCACGGGGCAUGGGAUGACGUUUUCGCGACGCCGAACACCGGGAUCGAGCUCACGAUCGUUGCGGUUCAGCAAGACGACAAGUUCAAAACGCUUCUUGACGGAACGUUUGGCCUUUGUCCCACGAAGGCGACUGCGAGGAAUAAGAACGAAAGUUUCGGUCCGAGCUGCGCGUGUGAUGAAGGUAAGUUCGUGACGGCCCCUGUUGGCACGCAGUGCUCAUUAAAGAGCCGUAUGGGGUCGAAAUCGUAUUUCAACUGGUUUUGGAGUUUCCUGAGCGGGCGAACGGCGGACGACGUCGAGGGUGUCGCCGAGCUCGACGCGAUGCUCGAACGAAACGGAGAGCUCUGGCGCAAGUGA